UUAACUUUUAUAAGCAAGUUAUACGAUCUUAUAAUUAUAAUAAACGUGAUCGUAUCGCGACAACAACAGUCUCAUCCUUCUUUCUUCAUUCGUCUGUUGUUCGCAGGCGGCCUGAAAUCGGAAGCGCAGCUGAAGAUAAUGGUAACCGACGUGAACGACAAUCCGCCGAGUUUUAUCCGAAUGAUCGUGCUGCCGGACCAGGGUGUUCGCGUGUCGAACGAGCCCGAUAUCGUGGCAUCGUUCGAGGGGAACGACGUGCUCGAUAUGAACGAUCCCGGCGCCGGAAGUCAGCCAACGAACAGCCGUCGUUCGCCUCUUCUUCUGGUGCCGGAAAACGCGACGAUCGGCGCGCCGAUAAUACGGCUGCUGGCGGAGGACAAGGACGAGGGAACAAACGCCGCGAUAACGUACAGCCUGGGGAACGAGACAACAUCCGGUGACGAUGUUGUUAAGUCGCGACGAUUCGACAGCGGAGCCAGCCGAAGGUACUUUCAUCUGGAUCCAAGGUCGGCUGAAAUAUCAGUAGCCAGAGGACUUGCAGCUGAGAGGAGCGUUCGCCUGUUCGUGCUGGCGAGAGAUCAUGGCGGUCUGUCCGACAGUAUCAUGCUAAGGAUCCACGUGGCAGACGUGAACGAUCACGCGCCGAUCUUUGACAAGUCGUGGUACACUUUCGACGUGCCGGAGGGCACUUACGCUGGCUACACCUUGGGCACUGUUCGAGCCAUCGACGCAGACUUCGGAGCGAAUGCGAACGUCAGUUACGAAGCUGUCUCUGGUAACGAGAACCUGGAAGAUCCAGCCAACGUGUCGAGGAUCUUCGACGUUGCUCCUCACGAGGGGAUAGUUCGAGUCACUGGUGUCCUGGAUAGGGAGAGUUUGGCUACUCAUCGUCUCGUGGUGAUGGCCAGCGACAACGGUUCUCCAAGAUUGACCACCACCGUAGAGGUAGAGGUGAACGUGUUGGACGUCAACGACAAUCCACCCACGUUCUACAACUAUCACGAAACGGAGAAGAACGAGAACGGAGACCUGGUGCCGGUGUACCACGCUUCGAUCUUUGAGAACAAGCCUGUUGGUAGUCAAGUGAUCAAAGUGUAUGCCAACGACUCGGACUUUGCUGGAAACGGCAACGGAUUGAUUCUCUUCGAUCUGAGUCAGCAGGCACAGCCUGAGAAGCAGUACUUCGCCAUUGACAGUAAAGAAGGCGCGAUCACGACGAUCGGUUGUCUGGAUUACGAGACUCGAAGGGAUCAUCGUUUGUUGGUCACUGCCAGUGAUCUAGGAUCACCGGUUAGUUUGACAUCCACCGCGGUCGUGAUUGUCACCGUGUUGAACGUGGACGACAACGAGGAAGAUGCGGAGAACGAGGUGCAGAAGACACCCUCGUUUAGACACCGAUAUUACGAGGUAGAGGUAGAGGAGAACGUUCCAGUGCCGAUUUUGAUCGCACAGUUGGACCUAAGUGACGAUCAACAGAGCGACCACAUAAGGUACAGCAUCGUGGAUGAGACGAAGGCGCGAGAACACUUCUCGAUCGACCCAAAGAACGGCUCGUUAUACCUGAUGACGGACGUGGACAGAGAGGUGAACGAUCGAUACGAGGCGAAGGUCAGGGUCGACAGGGUGAAGAUUGGUCGCGGGAUGCCGGUGAUGAUUUACCCGGUUGUCGGUGAAAGACUGAAUGGUCUGGCGCCUAACGAGGCCAGGGUCGUUGUCAGAGUGAAGGAUGUUAACGACAAUGCGCCCAGAUUCAAGUCAAAGGGUCGGCCCAUCCUCGCCGCGAUACCCACUGCUGCCCAUUACGGGUAUGAGGUUGUCAAAGUGGAGGCGGAAGACCCAGACGAGGGAGCAAACGCCGAGAUCCGGUAUCAAAUUCUCGGGCGAGAGGACGCGCCGCGAUUCGCCAUUGACCCACUGAGCGGUCAAGUACGAUCCGUGGCGAGUUUUGGCCGUGACGCUGGACGCGUUUUCGGCUUCGACGUCAAGGCCACCGACAGAAGGGGCGCCGAGACCGGCCGCAGCAGUAUCGCCAACGUCUUUGUAAGUCAUCCCUCUCACCAUCUUCUCUUUCUUCUCAUCGUCACCUUGUUUCCUUUCUUACGAACGUUCCAUCCGACUUUUUUCCCCCCUCUACAAUCCACCUGUCUUUGGUCUCACCUGUCUAAACGUUCCGUUUCUGCCGCUAAGGUGUACGUGCUGGACGACCAGAAACAAGUGGUGAUGGUGGUUGGCCGAAAACCCAUCGAUAUCGAGCCACAAUUGGAAAACAUCACCGCCGUGUUCCACACAAAGAAAACGGAGAUCAAGCGUGAGUUGGACGAGUACGAUGUCCUGGACAUUGCCGGAAGUUCUCCGCGCCGGGGUAAUCAACGUUACUUGCUCUCUACUCUGGAAGUGGGUGUGGUGGUGCUUGGUUGUGUCGUCUUUGUCGGCGCUCUCGUCACUGCACUCUGCGUUACAUGUGUUCGCAGAAAUAAACGACGUCGGGAGAAAGCGAUGUUCUCGACCACCAGCCCGAUUGGAUUCGCAUUGGCAGACCCGGCCGCGACGCUGCAGAAGCCGUCGUUGUUCCCGACCUUCGUCGACGGCCUUCACUACGACCCUGAACCGUUCUGCACCGAUGUGCCGAGGCGGCAGAGCAUCUGCGAGCACGGAGCCAACUGUGCUCGCUUCCACGCGAUGGGCGGUUGUAGUAAGCACGCCGGCAGCAGGACGACAGGGACCCCGAAAGGCCUCGAGGCAUCCGCGACGUCCUUGCAUUCCAGCGGCCAGGAUUCUGGGAUCGUGGCGCGCGCCUCCUGCCACUGCAGUCACUCGUCCAGCCCCUCCAGCGGCGAGAGCAGCAACGGAUACGAAGAUUCCCUAAAGUCUCUGCAACGCCGCGAGAGGGGCAACGACGGCUCGUACGUGGCGGGAAGACGGGGGAGCCAAACCACCUCGAGGAGGCGGCAACGGUUCUCCAACUCGUUCUCCAACCUGGAAUCCGUUUACUCGCAGGAGAUGACGUUGCAGCGGGAGCAACGUUGCUGCAUCGGAACGGAGAAGAGGCGAAAGAACGACGGGAUGGCACGCGAGCAUCGUCGCGCGCAUUCCGAGGCGGAAAACAAUAUCACCGAGACGGUGAUACACGAACAUCCCGGGACCGAGAUCUCGCCGAGAUCCAGCUCUUUACAAAAUACGUAUGUCGAAAUCUACCCACAUGUUGUAUUAACAACAACGAGAGACUUGAGCGAAGAGGGAACUUCAAACGGGGAGCAAGAUGAUAGUCUUCCUGGCCAUGAGUUUUUUUUUUUCUUUCUUUUUUUACUGUCCAUAUUAUCCACACCGUAUCGUCCACAAUUUUGUAGAACAUUUUGUUUUGUUUAACGAGCAAUAAGAUUAAUUUUUUUCUAACAAUCACUAUUGUAUAACGUCGCAGUGCGAGGAUAUUUCUUUAGGAGAAUUGUUUCGUGCCUGUUCUCUACGAAACUCUUUCGUUCUUUCUAGAAUUAAGUUCGUGUAAUUUUAGCGUGGACUUUUUUAGCUGGAUACUAACGAAGGGAUUUCGUACGACGUGAGAAGAAAGUUGUAUUAUUAUUAAGAAGUUACCAAUUAACAAAAUGCCCAGAUGAAGAAGUAUUUCUAAUCAGCGAGCUAUUUCCCAAUUUCAGACGCGCGGAUGUAAACGCGUUUGUAAAUUGUGUCAUCUCGUUACCAAAGUACACGCCAUUAAUUCGAAAGUCAUUCAUUUGCAUGUGUAAAUAUGCUAGAAACUCGGUCGAUACUCCGAAAUCCAUUUCUUUUUUUUUUUUUUUUUUUUUUAUCGUUAUUGUCGUUUCGUACUUUUAUCUCUUCUAUUGUUCUUUGCGCUAUUUAUCGUGUAAAAAUGUUCUCUCUACGUGUAAAUGCCCUAUGUACAGUUUGGUAUGUAUUUUACGUUGGAAAUGCGGACAUCGUGCAAAAAAAAAAAAAAAAAAGAACACACAUUGUGUGCGUAAUUCUACAUAUAUAUCUCGAAGAAAUUUCAUUUUUGACGUGUGACAGUUUUAACAAUUUCCAUGCAUAUAUAAAAGUGUUUUAUUAUCUAGUAU